AUGUGGCGCCUGACCGAAAGCCUCAUGGACCUACUGUGGGACAGUGAUGCAGAGAUAGCUGGGCUGACACUCAUCACACUCAGCUUUAUAUUCUUGCACAAAUCCAUUCUGAUCUCAACUCCCAUUGCCCUGCAGCUGGCUAAGGCGCUCCUGCCACUCUUUGACCAUGAAAAUAGCCAGGUACAGCUGCUCUCCAUAAAACUCUUUCAAGACAUGAUGGGGUUUUUGGAAAAGGGAGAAAAGCCCUUGGAAAGGCCUGUGCACCAGAGCCUGCUGCCACUCUUCUUCCACUGCCACGAUGAGAAUCAGCGUGUGGCAGAGGCUUCUCGGGAAAUGCUGAUUUGUGUGGCCGAGUUUCUGAGAAGGAGAGAUCUCGAGAAACUGGUGAAAAAGGAGAAACUCUGGAUUUUCGCCAACUGCCUGCUGGCAGAGGACAGGAGCCGAGCGGCCGAGCACCUGCGCCGGGCCCUGCCCUACCUGCAGAGCCCACAGGAGCCCCUGCGAGAGGCGGCCGUCAGGUUCAUGGGGAUGGCCGGGCGGAGCUUGAGGGGGCAGCAGGGAGAGCUCCAGCUGAUCUCUGAGGCCCUGGAAGGAAUGGCUAAUGACAUCAGCGUCAGCGUUGGAAGCCUGGCAAUUCAAUCAUUGUGCAUACUGAAGGCAGUAGACCAGGCUCCCAUCCCAAAGUUCCAGAGGCUGCGAGAUCAGCUGCGCAGGGCAUGGAAGACACGGCCUCGUCUGUUGCGGCUCGGCUGGCUGGGCUGCUGGGGCUCUGUGGAGGGCUGAUCCAGGAGGCUGUCUUUGCUGGGGCCUCCUGAGCAGGCAGAGAUUUUAUUCAAAAUAGCUCUUUUCUUCAUUUUGUAUUCCUUUACUAUGUAGAUAUUGAAUGUAAAUAAAUAUAUUGUUUUCUUUUC